AUGGCUACCAAGGAGUUCCUCUGCAUCCUUCCCGACAAGCCCGAUGCGCUUGCCCGGCGCUUGGAGGUCAGACCUACGCAUCUCGAGAAUGCCCAGGGCCACAAGAGCAACGGCAAGAUUGCUGUCGGUGGCGCCAUGUUUGAGAAGGAACAUCCCGUCGAGGGCCAAACCCCCGGUUUCAAGGGCAGCGUGAUGAUCUACACCGUCAAGGACGCCGAGGAAGCCUGGGAACUCAUCAGAGGCGACGUCUAUGCUAAGAACGACGUCUGGGACCUCGAGAAGGCUCAGGUCAUUCCGUUCAAGUCGGCUAUUCGCGAGUCUUUGUAA